UACUGAUACUGUUUUACUUUUCAAGAACCAGGCAUUUUGCUGUCAGAAUAAUCAUGAGACAAUUGUUCAGAAACAUCAUGAUAAAAACAGUUGUCGUGUUCUUGCUGAUUGUGACUGGUGUCCAACCAAAGCUUAUAACUAAAGGGAAUGUAACCGUUGCAGAGGGCAAUUCAGUUACCUUACAAUGUGGCUUUUCUGAUGAAGGUGUCCAGUUGGUAUUAGUUGAAUGGAAUAAAUCCAGAAACAGAACAAAACUUGCUGUGUACCGUCCAAACAAUACACAUCAUUACGAUCAGCGAAUAACAAUGGAAGUCAAAAAUCAACAUUCCACAAUCACAAUCAAAGAAGCUCUCAAAUCAGACAAAGGCUGGUAUUCCUGCAUAUUUCAUACCUUUCCAAAUGGAAAACAAGAGGAAAAAAUGUAUUUGGAUGUCAAAGAUGCAGUAAGCAACUCCUUCAAUCUAGCUGCAUAUGUUAGCAUUGGUGUGGUUCUAGCAGUGCUAGCUAUUGGAAUCAUUCUUAUAUUGCUACGUUAUGUUCAUCAGAGGAAGUCUAGAGUCAACAUACCAAACCAAAUCAAUAUAAUCCUGAAAAACACAUCUGACAGAGAUAAUGAGGACAAUGAACAGAGGCUGGACAGGCCAAUGGUAACCAACAGUGAUUGCGAAGACACAAGCGAUAAUUAUAUGAGCAUCUCAUUCAAGUGAAAGUUUUGAGAUUAGCCAAGAAACUAUAAGAAACUAUGGUUUUUGCACAGAUUUUUCAUUGGUAAGGAUGUACACUGAGUAUUGGUGAAGAAUAAUACUCAAUAAAGAAAAAAAACAUGAAAGCUCAACACUUGUUAUUGCAAAUUAUACUUAGACUUCCAAAGAUGCCAUUGUGCAAAAAAUGAGUCAGCUGACACUGCAUUGUAAUUAAGCUUUCAAAAUAUUUUGUGGUUCAGCAACAUCAGUUGUGAUGUUUUUAUGUGCAAAAACAUUGAAGCCAUGUUAAAAAUCUGUUGUGAAAAUGGUCCACCACCGUGGAGGUAUUUCUGGGUAACUUCCAGAAUUAUAUACAUCAUACACUGAUGCAAAUGCUUAAAUGGCAGGGAAAUUAUUUGCAAUAAAUUAACCAUGAAAAUGAAGAAUAUUCAAAAAUAUUAAAGAUUAAACUUUUAUUGUCUUGCUUCAGGGAAUAGACUAAUGUAGAAGAAAUUAAGACUUGGAAUCAUUAUACUGUGAUUUGUUUUACAAACUUAUUUUUAAAGAGGUGUUGUUUGCAAUUUCAUAGUUUUCAGUUUUUCAUCCCCUCUUGAAAGUGCUAUGACAAGAUUUUCUGCCCAUCUCUGGUCUAGAACUGGGCUUGUUCAGCCUAGAUAUACCAUGGCCAGAAUUUUAUGCACUCCCACCACGACAGGUUCUGAGGCAUGCGGGGAGCAUUAAAUUGCACAGAAGGGAUUCCCUCCAGGUUCCCACUCGCCCCAACUUCUGCAGAGAUUUUAGGCUGGGGCAAGUGGAACCUCGAACAGGAAGCCCAUUAUUGCUCUAGUUGAGGCCCAUAAGUGGUCAAUUAAUGACCGUUUCCCACUCAGCCUCAAUUUUUAGACUGGCGGGCAGAUGACAGCUCAGGGGUGGAAAGCCUGAAAUGAAGAACAUUCAAUCUCAGGUGGGAAG